CUCUCGUCGUCUGAAGUGAAGCUAUUGUUCUGUUAUCUCUCGCCUGUUUAAGCAAAGACCAUCUCCAGCUGGAGUAGGUUGGUCUCCUCUCCAGCGCUCCUCUGUUCUCUGGCGUUUCUCUCUAACUUCGAAAAGGAAACAUGGAUGGGGAUAUACCUAAUAUAAAGAAGUGGAUUGUGUUCUACCCAAUUUACAUAAAUUCAAAGAAAAUGAUCGUUGAGGGUCGGCGGAAAAAUUCUAGCAAAGCGUGUGAAAACCCUACUUGCGUUGAGAUUGGUGAUUGUUGUAGCUACCUCAAACUCCCUUUUGCUAUUGAGAUUGAUAAGGCAUAUCCGCGUGAUUUUAUGCAAAGAGGGAGGGUGAGGGUUUUGCUAAAAAGGAAGAUGGGACUCUGUGGAAUGUGCAAUCUGGCUAUAUCUUCUAGUAAGCAGUCUUCUUCAUUUCCUUAGGUUUUUUCU